CUGACUCCACAUGGUUCCCGCCGGCCUCGAAGACCGACCCCGUUUAUCUGCUUCGGUUUCUUAUACGAGGCCUUGACCUCCAACAACAAGACCAUACUUCUACUACCCCAUCAGCCAAUUGACCAGUUCGGCUGCCUUGUCGCUGAUUCCUCACUCGAAACUUCCACUUAG